CAGCGAACGACUUCUGCGACCGGAUCGCCAACGUCGGGUUCAGCUCGAACCUGAUCUCGUACCUCACCCUCCAGCUGCACCUGCCGCUCGUCGAGGCCUCCAACAUCAUCACCAAUUUCAACGGCACCGCCAACCUCACCCCGCUCGUCGGCGGCCUCAUCGCCGACUCCUUCGCCGGCCGCUUCUGGACCAUCGCCUUCGGCUCCGCCGUCUACCAGCUCGGCAUGGUCCUCCUCACCCUCUCCGCCGCGCUCCCCUCGCUCCGCCCGCCGCCCUGCGCCAAGAACGGCGUCGGCUGCCGGCGCGCGUCGUCCUCCCAGAUCGCCGUGCUCUACCUGUCGCUGCUCUGCACGUCCAUCGGCACCGGGGGCACGCGCCCCUGCAUCAUGGCGUUCGGCAGGCCGGCCCGGGGCGCCAAGCCCAGGUGGAGCUUCUUCAACAUCUACUUCUUCGGCAUCGUGCUGGCCAAGCUCACGGCCGCCACGGCCGUCGUGUACGUCCAGGAGAAUAUCGGGUGGGGAUGGGGCCUCGGCAUCCCGACGCUCACCAUGCUCGCCGCGGUGGUCGCCUUCGUGUCCGGGUACUCGCUCUACGUCAGGAUGCCGCCCGGGGGAAGCCCCAUGGUCCGGCUGGCGCAGAUCGCCGCCGCGGCGUUCAAGAAGCGGAAAGCCGCCAUGCCGGACCCGAGCCUCCUGUACCAGGACAAGGACCUCGACGUCGGCAUCUCCACCGCCGGCCGCCUUCUUCACACCGAUCAACUAAAGUUCCUUGACAAGGCAGCCAUAGUGACGGGCGGCGACAUGCUGCCGUCCGGCGAACCAAAGCUGUGGCGGCUGUCGACCGUGCACCGCGUCGAGGAGCUCAAGUCGAUCAUACGCAUGCUGCCGAUCUGGGCGGCCACCAUCCUCCUGGUGACCUCGGGGUCGCACAACAGCAGCUUCGCGAUCCAGCAGGCGCGCACCAUGGACCGCGACGUGGCGCCGCGCUUCAGGAUCCCGCCGGCGUCCAUGCUCGUCUUCGCCAACCUCGCCAUGCUGCUCACCCUCGCCGUCUACGACCGCGUCCACGUACGCGCGCUCCGCCGCCGCACCGGCCACCCCACCGGCAUCACCCACCUCCAGCGCACGGGCGUCGGCAUGGCCCUCGCCGUGCUGGCCAACGCGGUGGCCGCGGCCGUCGAGCGGAGGCGCCGGUCCGUGGCCGCCGCGAGCGGGCUGCUGGACGCGCCCGAGGCCACCGUGCCGAUGAGCGUCCUCUGGCUGGUGCCGCAGUACGCCAUCCACGGCGUGGCCGACGCGUUCAUGGACGUCGGCCGCAUGGAGUUCCUGUACGACCAGGCGCCGGAGAGCCUGCGGAGCACGGCGGCGGCGCUCUACUGGCUGACCAACUCGAUGGGGAGCUACCUCGGCACGCUGCUGGUGACCAUCGUGCACAGCAGGACACGGCGGAGCGGGCAGUGGCUCCAGGACAACCUCAACCGGGGGAAGCUGGACAACUACUACUGGCUCGUCGUGGCAUUGCAGGUGCUCAACCUCGUUUACUACUUCCUUUGCGUCAGGUACUACACCUUCAAGACAUUGGAGACGGUCGGGGAUGACAAGGAGGUGGAGCUCGACCAUGUCAAUGUCGACGGCAAUGGCGCCGCCACCGCCAAGAAGGGUGCAAAGGAAAGCUUCAGGUAGCUUAGGGUGUACUUCGACAUUUGUGAACUCUUUAGCAAUAGCGAAUAGUGUUUGCAGAAUUUUUUUUCAAUCAGUGCACAUGUUUAUUUAUGUCCUCAAAUUAUUCUACAUACUUCUGUAUGUAUGCCUGAUUUGAGUAUGCGUUGGUAUGAAGACUCGUAUCAUACGUACG